AUUUCUUUUCUAUAAAAAAAACAACUUUAUCUUAUAAAAAAUUAAUUGAGGUGAAAUUCUUGUACAUCUUCUUCUUUUUCUUCUUCAAAACUCAAAAGGAAAUUUUGAAGUUGUCAAGAAUAAGCAAUGGCUCAAACAAUGUUGUUAACAGCCAAUGCCAAAGUUGAUUUGAGUAAAGAAUCUUUAGUUGAAAGACUAAAGCCUAAGCCUUUGUCUUCACUCUUCUUGCCUUCUCUUCCUUUGAGAUUUUCUUCUUCCACUACUAAUGCUUCUUCUUCAAAAUUCACAACUACUACUGUUGCUCUAUUCAAGUCGAAAGCCAAAGCUCCUCCCAAAAAGGUUGCACCACCAAAGCAAAAGGGAAAGGUGGAGGAUGGGAUUUUUGGAACCUCAGGAGGAAUUGGUUUCACUAAGCAAAAUGAGCUCUUUGUUGGUCGUGUUGCUAUGAUUGGUUUUGCGGCAUCUUUGUUGGGAGAAGCAAUAACAGGAAAGGGUAUUUUGGCACAAUUGAAUCUUGAAACUGGAAUUCCAAUCUAUGAAGCAGAACCACUUCUAUUGUUCUUCAUUCUAUUCAAUCUUCUUGGAGCCAUUGGAGCUUUGGGAGACAGAGGCAAAUUUGUUGAUGAGCCUGCCCCUGCUACUGGUCUUGAAAAGGCUGUCAUCCCUCCUGGCAGAUCCUUCAAGUCUGCUUUGGGACUUAGUGAAGGAGGUCCAUUGUUUGGAUUCACAAAGGCAAAUGAGCUGUUUGUAGGAAGAUUGGCACAAUUGGGAAUUGCAUUCUCCAUUAUUGGUGAAAUUAUCACAGGGAAAGGAGCAUUGGCCCAAUUGAACUUUGAGACAGGUGUCCCAAUCAAUGAGAUUGAGCCCCUUUUGUUGUUUAACAUUGCCUUCUUCUUCUUUGCUGCCAUUAAUCCUGGUACUGGCAAAUUUAUCACUGAUGACGAAGAAGAUUAGAUAUAGACCAGUACUUUUUGUGUGUAUGACUUAUGUGUAGUUCUCCUAAGAAUUGAAACUUCCUUUAAAUUUCUUCAAAGUUGUUUGCA